AUGUCGUCAAGAGAACAUUCGGAUGAUGGAGAUAGUGAUACUCCUGUCUCUAAAAAGCCAAACGUGUUUCAAUUUUUAAAUGAUGAGGAUAGCUUUUCGGAGAGUGAAGAUGAACCGUUGAACAACCUGGAAAAAGAAAAGGCAAGCAAACCCAUAGAAGUAAAAGUUGAUACUCCUGACGAGACAGUCGCACAGAAGAAAGCCAACAAAAAAAAGAAGGGGAAGGCCCAAAAAAAAGAACAUUCAGACGAUGAAGACUUAGAUCUACUUCUGGCGGAGAUGAAUAUUAGUUCAAAUGCAAAUACUAAUAAUGCAGAAGAAUCCAAUGUUGCUACUGAAGCUGCUCAAGAUGAAGUAUCCUCAAAAACUCUAAAAAAUAGGCUUAAAAAGGAAAAGAAAAAGCAGGCAAAACUUCAAAAACGUGAGGACCAACUAGAAGAUACUACAGAACAAAAGGAAGAAAAGCAAUCGACUACCAAAAAACCGCUCUCUCAGGCAGCAAAAUUGGCUGCAGAAAUGCAAAGGAGAAUGAAAGAACUAGAGGAAAAAGCCAAACGUGAGGAAGAAGAAAGAUUGCGAAUAGAAGAAGAAAAGAGAAGAAAAGAAGAAGAGGAAGAGCGUGAACGUCAGUUACUACUAGAAAAGAAGAGACAACAACGCAAGGAGAAGAGAGAACGCUCUAAGAAGGAAGGAAAACUACUUUCGGCUAAAGAAAAGGCCACAGCUAUGAUGAAUAAAAAGUUUUUGGAACAACUUGGUCUUGAUAAUGUAUUGGAAGCUAACAGUGCAAGUAAAGAGCAAGAACCAAAACGGAAAUCCAUAGCAGUGCAAAAAAAACGGAAAAAGGCUCAACAAAAGGAGGUAGUUGAAGAGGAAGAAUCUGAGCAUGUUGAGUCCCAACCUGACACAGAGAGUGAAGACAGUGAAGCUGAAUCCAUUCCUGACAACUGGGAAGAAUUAGAUGAUGAAGUUGAACCCAAGGCCACUGAACCCACUAAGGUAGUAAAACCUGAAGUGAAAAAAACAAAACCGGUCCAAGAAGAACAAGAAGACAAUGUUUAUGACUAUAGAUCUCCUAUAUGCUGUGUAUUGGGCCAUGUAGACACGGGUAAAACUAAACUUUUGGAUAAAAUACGUCAUAGCAAUGUACAAACGGCCGAAGCUGGCGGUAUUACACAACAAAUUGGUGCAACCUUCUUUCCAAAAGAAAUGCUCGAUAUGCAUUGCCACAAAAUAAAUGAAAAAUUGGGUGUAAACAGUCCAGGCUUACUAAUUAUAGAUACACCUGGACAUGAAUCAUUCAACAAUUUGAGAGCUAGGGGAUCGUCAUUAUGCGAUAUUGCUAUUUUAGUUGUCGAUAUUAUGCAUGGUCUUGAACCACAAACCAUAGAAUCAAUAGGGUUGCUUAAAGCUAGAAAAUGUUACUUUGUUAUAGCUUUGAACAAAAUUGAUAGAAUAUACCAAUGGGAGGCUACACCAUGGGCUACAUUUAAAUCUACUUUUGAAAAGCAGAAGAGUGAUUCCAAGGCUGAAUUCAACGAAAGAGCCAAAAAUAUAAUGUUAGAACUAUCUGAAAAUGGAUUAAACAGUUCCCUAUAUUGGGAAAAUGACAACAUCAAAAAAAAUGUUUCCAUUUGUCCCACCAGUGCUAUCACGGGUGAGGGUAUACCAGACUUAUUAGCCUUAGUUGUGCAAUUAACACAACUUUUAAUGACAAAGAAAUUAACUUAUACUGACUGUUUGCGUUGUUCUGUACUUGAAGUUAAGACUAUAGAAGGCUUAGGUACUACGGUUGAUGUCAUAUUAUUAGAUGGUGUAUUGCGUGAAGGGGAUAAAAUAGUUUUGUGUGGCUUAUCUGGACCAAUAGUGACUACGAUAAGAACUCUUUUGACACCACAACCACUGGCUGAACUUCGUGUAAAGGGUGAAUACAUUCAUCACAGCAGUAUUAAGGCAGCCAUGGGAGUAAAAAUCGUUGCACCCGGUUUAGAAGAUGCUGUAGCUGGUACUGAAUUGCUUGUUGUGGGAGAAGAGGACGACGUAGACGAGCUGUGUAAUGAUGUCAUGAAGGAUAUGUCAACAAUCUUUGAUUCUGUAGAUAGAACUGGAAUAGGAGUGUAUGUUAUGGCUUCCACACUAGGGUCACUUGAAGCUCUUUUGCAGUUCUUGAGUGACAAAAAUAUCAGAGUCUUUGCCGUAAACAUAGGCCCAGUACAGAAAAAAGACGUUAAAAAGGCUUCGAUUAUGAGAGAAAAAGGUCAUCCUGAAUACUCUGUUAUUUUGGCUUUUGACAUUAAGAUAGCUCCGGAGGCUGAAAAAGAGGCUGAAGUCCUUGGUGUAAAAAUCAUGACUGCUGAUAUCAUCUAUCAUCUACUGGAUUCUUUCCUAAAAUAUAUGGAGGAACAACAAGAACAGAAAAAGCAAAGCCAGAGUGCAAAUGUUGUAUUUCCUUGUGAACUUACAAUACUGCCUACAUGCAUUUUUAACAAGAAGGACCCAUUCGUAUUUGGUGUACAUGUUGACAAUGGUAUUCUGAAGACAGGAACGCCACUUGUUGCCAUAACAAAGGGAACGCAAUUAAUGAUUGGAAGAGUGGCAAGUCUCGAACAUAAUAAAAAGAGUGUUGAUAAAGCGAUCAAAGGUCAAGAAAUAUGUAUAAAGGUAGUUGGAGAACCAACAAUAGCGUAUGGAAGACAUUUCGAUCAUACCGCAAAAUUAUACUCAAAAAUCACACGCGAUUCCAUAGAUGUUCUGAAAGAAUAUUUCAGGGACGAUAUGUCCAAAGACGCUUGGAAGCUAACGGCUCAACUAAAAAAAGUUUUUAAUAUAGUUUAA